CUCCGAAAAAAAUAAAAAUAAAAAAAAUAAAGAUAGAUAGAAGAAGAAGAAUAAGAAAAAGAAAGGGGGAAAAAAGAAGGCUUUGUUCUCUUUUUGUUUCUUCACUCUCUGCAAAUGUUUGAAUCUACUUGGAUCGGAUCGAUUGGGACGAGCGCUGGAUUCGAUUCUUUCUAUCGAUUCUUUGACGAUGUUUAGUUGGAACGGGCGAGAUCAGGUAGGAGGCGCGGUGUGGCCUAAUUACAAUGAGACUAAGGAUCAUAUUGUGCCUCAUCCUAUGGAAACUGAAGAGGACGCUUUGUUUCCCGGUGUAGAAUAUGAAAAGUUUAAGAGAGAUGAAGGUCUUACCUCUCUUGUGCAGUGUACUGAGCAGUCAGCUGAGGCCAAACAUAGUCAUAUCAGUUACAGAUCAGAUGGAAGCUCCGGUUUUCAAACAAAUGAAGAGCUUUCUUCUUCACAAGCUGAGAUAGAUUCUUGGCUUGAUUUUCCUAACUUAUGCAUUGAGCUUAAGGAUGACUACAGCCACGGAAAUAAUCAUAAUCCAGUGAUGGAAUCGAUGAAUGAUCUCACUGAUGGAACCAGCCUGAACUCAGUUAGAGGUGAACCAGCGCAGCUACAUCACGAGUCUGGCUUGAUUGGUCAUGAAGAUAAUAAAGAAAAUGAUGAUUUUCUUGAAUGUGAUUGGGCUACUUUUGGAGAUUUUGAUGAUAUUGAGAAACUAUUUAGAAAAGAUGACUCCAUAUUUGGACAUGAUAUGAUUGGAGAUGCAGAUGGGCUUCUUUCUCCAUCUAAAGAUGUCAUUGAUAGUGCUGCCCAAUCAAUUCUGAUGCCUGACCUACCAUUAUGCAAAAACCAAACUUCUGAUGAAGGUUGCUCAUCUUUCCAGUCAGAUGAUCAUACUGACAAACAAAGAAGCCCCUUAUGUAAAGAGAAGGUAGAUGGGCAGAAACUAAUACCCGGGUCUCAGAACAAAGCAGAAGAAAAGGGGAAGAACAGACUAUCAAGGAACAUAAAGGAAAGUUAUAACCAAAACCAAAAUAAUGCAAGUAUAAGCAUUCAAAGUUCAGUUACAACUCCUCUGAAAGCCUUUCAGUCAAAACCGAUGAGUCAAGAGAUGCAAUUUGGUGAUGCUAAGCGUAUGGGAGACCAAGGAUAUCCUACAAAUUGCUUACCUGGAGUGCAGUUUUCUUCAAAUGUCAUAGAAAAAAACCAAAAGAGACCUGUUCCUUCUACAUACGAUGUUCGUUCUGGUGACACAAAGCAUCCAAAAAUUUCAAAUAGACUACAAGAUGGCACGCCAGGAAUUAUGACAGCUCAAGAGAAGAUGGAGAAACUAAGGCAAUUACAGAAAAUGCAGGCCCAGCUAGCUAUUGAAAAGCAACAGCUGCAAUAUAAUCAUCAACCAUCUGAUGCUGACGUUUCUGCCCCUCAGUGCUCUACAUUGACAUAUGAAUCCCCUUCAGAGGAAGUCAUAUACUGUCAACUUCGAGAUGUUGUGGAAAAGUUGGAUAUUAGGACUAGACUUUGUAUUCGAGAUAGCUUGUUUCGGCUUGCCAGAAGUGCAAUGGAACGACAAAGUGCUAGUGACAGAAGCAGUACCAACAAAAGUAACAGAGAGGAGGAUGAAGUUUCUGCAGAUGAAGAGUUGAGAAAUUAUGAUCGACGUGCAACGUUGGCAGAUCCAGAAACAGAUACAAAUCCUAUUGAUCGCAUCGUGGCCAAUUUGCUCUUCCAGAGACCAACAGAAGCUUGUUCCAGAAUUGGCUCAUAUCUGCUCAGCUCAACUUAGUAAUCUCCCUUUUCAUAACCCAUAAGCACAUGAAUCCUUUACUUUUGUAUUUUAAAAAAAAAACUACUUAUAAACUAUCUCUUGUAAUAAGGAUUGGCGUGGAUGCUUGUCAUUUGAUUGACGAGAAGAGAAGGAUCUGCAGUCUUUUAUGUGAAGUAAGAUGUAUUAUGACAAGAUCUUGUUACUUUCUUGUAUCUUUCUUCUUUUUGUUUGUAAUAUAUACAACCUUUACAUUUUUCUUAUUGAGGGAGUUCUCUGUUUCUAUGA